AUGUCAAAUUCUAGGUACUCUCAGAUCGAAUCAAAUAAUGAUGGCAAGCUAGAAGGAUUAGCCAAUAAAUUAGCCACAUUUAGGAAUAUAAAUCAAGAGAUCGGAGACCGAGCGGUCUCCGACAGUUCUGUCAUAAAUCAAAUGACAGAUUCAUUGGGGUCGAUGUUUACCGAUAUCAAGAAUUCGUCCUCAAGGUUAACACGAUCCUUAAAGGCUGGUAAUGGUAUAUGGAGAAUGGUGGGUUUGGCGUUGUUAAUAUUCUUCAUUCUAUAUACCCUGUUUAAGUUAUUUUAA